AUGUCGAUGCAUUCCCUUACACCACACCAAGGUCCUCCAAAUCCCUUAUGUGGUGUGGUUAUACCAGUUAUAUAUAUACUUACAUAUCUAUCUAGCUUUGGUUAUACCUAUAGCUGUUUUGAAAUGGCAGAAGAUUUGUAUGACGGAGAGUUUUGGCUCCCUCCUCAGUUCCUCAUUGACGACGACAUACUCAUGGACUUCAAGAAAAGCACUUACAACGCCAAGAAAAGUGAAGGAGACGUGUGGUUUAGCAGAGAAAUUGAUGGAGGAGCCUACUUUCAUAAUGAUUUCCCAACUGGGUUUGGCUCGUUUUGUCCUAACUCGGAUCUGAGUUCACCCGUUGAGUCCGUGGUGGGUUCGACCAAGACUGAGAGUGAUGAAGAAGAGUACCUCACUGGUCUAACUAAGAAACUGGCUCGUUUCUACCAUUCAAGACGUGUGAAAAGUGUGUUUAAUAAACAAGUUAUUCACAAAAAAAUCGUAAAAAACGUUUUUACGAAACACUCUUUUCUCGGUGCCUACAAUUUUUUUCCUCAUAAAAGCGGGGUUGUUGAAUUCGAUUUUUAA